CAGGAGGUGAACUCUGUCUAAUCUCAGUCCUGUUUAGCUCUGACCUGGAACACUGCAAACAUGCUGCUGAGGAGCUUCUGCUUCAUUUUCACUCUGCUUUGGACCCUCCACGCUGCUGAAGUGUUUGUUGGGAAACACCAAGCCGCCUCGGUGCUGCGCCGAUGGAGGAGAGCCAACAGCGGCUUCCUGGAGGAGCUGAAGCAGGGGAACCUGGAGAGGGAAUGCGUGGAGGAGAUCUGUGACUACGAGGAGGCGCGGGAGGUGUUUGAGGACGAUCAGCAGACGAGGGAGUUCUGGAGAAAUUAUGCCAAAAGGGACCCCUGCCUGGAGAACCCCUGCCACAAUAACGGGACGUGUCUUUAUGUGGGAAACUCCUAUGAAUGUCAGUGUCUGGAGGGAUACGAGGGCCGGUACUGUCAGACAGUUUUUGAAGACACGCUGGGAUGUCUGUAUCAGAACGGUCACUGUGAGCAUUUCUGCGAUGGUUCUGGAGUUCGACGCAGAUGUUUCUGUGCUGAUGGCUACCAGCUGGCAGAUGAUGGGAAACAAUGUAUUUCUAAAGUGGAGUUUCCCUGUGGGCAGCUGCCCUCCUCACAGGAUGGACUUAACCAGAGCACCCAGGUUCAGACCAGGCUGGUGGGAGCUAAUCAAUGCAGCCCUGGAGACUGUCCCUGGCAGGUCCUGCUUCAGCUGGAUGGACGCAGCCACUGCGGUGGAGCUCUGAUCCACCCGGACUGGGUCAUCACUGCUGCCCACUGCGUCCAUAAGACGGCCCCCUGGAACCUCACUGUGGUGGCAGGUGAACAUAACCUGGACGUGAAGGACAACAAAGAGCAGCAGAUAGCCGUAACCAUGGUGAUACCCCAUUCAAACUACAACCCAGCGACGGGCGACAGCGACAUCGCCUUGGUCCGGUUGAACCAGUCCGUGGCUCUGGGUCGAUUCGUCGUCCCCAUCUGCCUUCCCACCAAAGACUUUGCAGAACGGGAACUCCUGCCGGUCCGCUACCACACCGUGUCCGGCUGGGGCAAGAGGACGACCGGUGGGAACGUCUACGCCUCUUCCGGCCGCCCGCUCUCCCCCAUCCUCCGCCAGAUGAACGUCCCCAUCAUCCAGAACUCCCAGUGCUCCCUGAAAUCCCAGUUCAACUUCACAGACAACAUGCUGUGUGCCGGAUAUCUGGACGGAGGCCUGGAGAGCUGCAGAGGCGACGACGGCGGCCCGCUGGUGACGGAGUACGGCUCCACCCACUUCCUGACGGGUGUGGUGGCCUGGGGCCGCGGCUGCCCCCACCCGGGAUAUUACGGGGUUUACACCAAGGUGGCCAUGUUUGUGGACUGGGUGGAGAAAACCAUGAAGAACCCGCCCAGACUGCAGGAGGCAGGAUCUGGACCCAGUCUGGAGCAAAUAGCGGUCCUGAGCUCCGCUCCAACUGGAACCAUGUUUUGGACUCUAGGGCCAACCCUGGGCCUGGUUCUGCUGCUCCACCUCACUGCUGCUCACGUGUUCCUGGAUGGCAGGAAGGCCAACGAGGUUCUGACCAGACUGAGGCGGGCCAACAGCUUUAUGGAGGAGUUUAAACAAGGCAACAUGGAGAGGGAGUGCAACGAGGAGCGCUGCAGCUGGGAGGAGGCGCGGGAGAUCUUUGAAGAUAAGCAGAAAACUGACGAGUUCUGGGCCAAAUAUGUCGAUGGUGACGCCUGCGAGUCCAUCCCAUGUGCUCAUGGGGGGCACUGCAAGGACACGAUCGGAGGCUACACCUGCUACUGCAAGGAGGGAUACAAGGGCUUCAACUGUGAGAUCGUGAUCCCCAAGCUGUGCGAGAACGAGAACGGCGGCUGUGAGCAUUUCUGCCGGAUCACUAACAGGAACGUCGAGUGCUCCUGUGCCGACGGAUAUUUCCUGGCUGCCGAUCAGAAGUCCUGCGAAUCCCAUGAGAAGUUUAAAUGUGGUGCCAUCGUCCCCAACAAGGUCCGCUCCCUUCUGGGCUCCGUGGAAGAGACCAAAGAGGAAAUGACAAACCUGAAGCUGAACACCAGCGCCAACUCCACAUCACCGCAGAACUCCGACUCUGCUGAUCUGUUCUCGUCUGGAAACAUCAGCAGUCAGAUCCCGCCCUCUAACACGCUCUGGGACAGCGGCGUCACCAGCGACAUGGCGGCAAACGUCCGCAUUGUGGGCGGAGAGAACUGUCCGCCAGGAGAAUGUCCAUGGCAGGCUCUGCUGAUUAACGAAGACGACGUGGGCUUCUGUGGGGGAACCAUCCUGACCGAGUACAUCAUCCUGACGGCCGCCCACUGCAUGAACCAAUCACGAUACUUCGUCGUCAAACUCGGUGAAUACAACACCAUUGAAGCCAGUGAGAAUGAAGUAACACAUCAUGUGGAAAUCAUCGUCUCCCACAACAAGUACAGCCCGGACACCUACCACAAUGACAUCGCGCUCAUCAAGCUGGCCGAGCCCAUCACGUUCACCAGGUUCAUCCUUCCAGCCUGUAUACCGGAGGCAGACUUUGCAGAGAAUGUCCUAAUGCGCCAGGCAGACGGUCUAGUCAGCGGCUUUGGACGUCUUGGCGAGGGUCAAGAGACAUCCACCAUCUUACAGCGUCUCUCUGUCCCCUACGUGGAUCGGAACGUCUGCAUGGAAUCCACCCAGCUGCGCAUCACCAUGCGCAUGUUUUGCGCCGGCUACGACACAAUCACCAAGGAUGCCUGCCAGGGCGACAGCGGCGGGCCGCACGUCACGCGUUACCGUGACACCUACUUCAUCACUGGCAUCGUGAGCUGGGGGGAAGGGUGCGCACGCAAAGGGAAAUAUGGCGUCUAUACGCAGGUGUCGACGUACAUCCGUUGGAUCCGACAGGGAAUCAGGAGGUUGACAGCCGCUCAGGGCAGCAGGAAGAAGAGGGACGGUGGUUCCAUCAGACGGUUGUUCCUGUAAACCACAUUUAAACGGCCUAACAGCUGAUGUACUAUCCAGCUGCAAACCUUAGAUGGUGACCUGAUUACUUAUGGAGUACCUCAAGGUCGUUACUCUGUGACCAUUCAUUUUCUUUGAUAUAUUUGCUCUAAUGUUGAUUUAUUGUUUCUUGUGGGAAGAAAACUUGAAAUUUAAAGGAGAAAUAAUUAUUUGCUUAACUUUCUACUACCCAUGUUAGGCUUAUUUUAAGCUCUUUAAUGCAUCCUCACCUCUUUUUAUUUUUCUUUCACUAACUGUGUCUUGGUUCCAUACAAACUUUGUCAUUAAAAGCCUGUAAGACCGAGUUAAAGUUUCCGAGGCUGAACCAUUAAAC